AUGGAAGCCUCUAAACACGAAUUGUUGGAGCAAAACGACAAUCAUAGGGAUCAUGUCGGAGAAUACUUUCUUUAUCUUGCAACGGGCAGUAGCUCCUGUCCCGCAAAAAAUAGACUGCUCUACGCAGCCGGUCGCGACGCAGCCGCGCCGUUUGCACAGGAGGAAGUGGCACGCGUGGUUGACGGUUUUUUGCUGUGUCUUCUCCGCUUCCACUCACAGUUCUUGAAUGCAUCUGCUGCUGUUGGCGUAGAAGUUGCUACGUUAAUCAUGGUGGUCUCAAAAGAUCUCGAGGAUGGGUUUGACCUGGACAAAAUUGACGCCGAAAUUAAAAUUGAGAAGAUUCGACAAACAGCGUCGAAAUUGUCCUGGGAUGGCUUUCAGCAAGCGCUCCGGAGAAAUCUUAUGGAGAAACGUUUCGUUUUCGACACCGAAGGACGCAUUGAUUUGAUACAAGCAAUAUCAACGAUCAAGCGUAAUUUGCCAGGUAAGAAGCCAAUCAUUAUUUCCAUGAUGGAUAGUUUGUCAGUUGCCGAGAAAAACAUUUGUGUGAACGCCAUCGAUACAUUUGAAGGAUUUCUGUCCGCUUCAUGUAACGUAAGCCCAUCUUUCGAAACCAUCGGAACGCUUCCAUACGGCUUUCUUUUGUAUCGUACGCCACUACGACCGGCUAAGAUUUUCUAUACCGUGGAACCCAGCUAUGUUGUCACCAAGAAAAGACCUCAGUUUGGAGCUUUCAGGUGUCAUUUUACAGAUUUCGACAAUCUUGACCACAUGGAGCUAUCGGUCGUUGCCCUGGAUAAGGAGAUACAACUGCCAGCAGGAGAUUCGCGCAAUCCUUGGUCUACAGUUUCUCCAUGCAAGGCCGGUUUUCAACUACGCUUCUCUUCGCCGAUGCUGUUUAGUUAUGGAAUGUGGCGGCGCCUAGAACGCCAUCUAGCAAGGCCUGCAGCCGUAAAAGAGAACGUAAACCUGUAUCGAUACAUGAGCGGUUUCAAGUUUGAGCAAUCUGAGCUACUUAUGCGUACAUGCUUUCCGGAACCAUUUCGCCAACAUUGGUACACUGUGUGUACAAAUUCUCUCCUAGAGGAGAAAGACUGCGUCAUCUCUGAAGUUUGCAUAGGAAACGGCUCCGAUCUUGCCGAGAUAGUUUCUAUCGUACGCGCGCAAGCAAUACAUAACAGUCUCUGGGAGUCGCUGCUUGCGAUGACCAGUGGUAAAUGGAAGGAGGGACAGCCCCAUGUGGAUAUUCGCAUCGUUCCAUCAGCAGCUCGUUACGAGCUGUCGUUUUGUGUGGCUAACAAAAUGUACCUGGUCCGAAUCGAGCUGACGAGGGAAUUCGAAUGGAUAGGUAGUGUCGAGGAUUCAACUGGCGUUCCUGUGCGCAUGGAGCUUAAUUCUUUGUUGACCACAAGGAUCAAUGCGUUGCUGAAGGAUCGGAUGCGAAUGUGUCCGGAAAUCACGACAGAGAGCGGCACUCGUCCACCAGCCACUGCCCGAGCUGAAGCUCGUACUCAACGUGUCCAGUCCGACACAGCCCUGCGCGAUAUCAGAUCUGGUACGAAAAUUGGGUGGAAACGUGACAAAAGUGGCUCGGAGAAUGGCACACCUCCUCUCCCCCAAUGCGAACUAUGGUCAGCCUUAGCUGCACGCGCGCUGCUUCCAUGGGACGACGAUAACAAAACACCUCGACGCCAUGCUGUCGAGCGACACUCAACCAGUCCGGCACCGUCACGUCCACCUGGAUGUGUUGGAGGGAGCGGUCCUGGCAGUGGUGUACCACAACUGAGCCCUUUGGAAACGGCUCGGUUGAAAAUGACGGUUCUGGUAAUUGAUUUACAACGAACGUUCACUGUUCAGCAUAGCGUCGGAGCCGCAGCGGCCGUUGGACUCGCAUCGGCCACUCCAGAUGUUUUUGAGUUUGCUGACGAUCGUUCCGUUGGCAGUGGCUCAGCCUAUCCGUCACCCUCGCCUCAGUAUACUCCAUUCGCAUAUGGGACCGUUGGAAGCCCGAUUUCCGGGCAGUCGAUGAGAGGAACCGUAACAAAGCGGCGUCCACGUGCUCGAAAAACUGCAAAUAUGGGAGAUCGGAUGGGUGAUCUUCAACAAACAGCUGGUAAAGAUCCUACAAUGGCCGGUAUUCCUACACGGAAGCCUCGCGGAAAAACUGGAGUACGUCGUCCACGUGGUUCUCGUAAAGCGGCAUUAGCAAUGUCUCAUGCCGAUUUGGAAAUGCAGCAGCGGGUGCCUCCUCCAUUGCAGAGGUCGUACAGUGAUUACGAACAAAUGUCCAAUCCAGGUGCUCUUGGGGUCUCAACAUCUCCUUACGUGGACACCGAGUCUGAUGACGAAUGUGAUCCCCCACCACCGCCGAAAUCGUUGGGGAUGUUCCCGUCGCGCUCACCUGUGACAAGUCAGGUUACAGCAGCUUCAGCUGCAAACAGUCCUUCACAUUCAAUGAGUCCAUUGUGCGUUCCGGUUGGCACUCCAUCGUCCUCCACUCAUCCUCCUCCAUCGCCUCUCGCAGCGGCUUCCCCGACAGUAAGCCAGCCUGCACCAUUGCCUUCGCCACGAGCAGCGCAACCGCGAAAGACCAGUCUUGACGCGGUCGUCGGAAGAUUAAAAACUUCGGCGCCAUCUCAAUCCACCCCUCCGCCGAAAAGGAGUGUUUUCAACGACCUUUACGACGAUGGAACGGAAUCUCCUCCACCACCUGAAGAGCGCAUCUCGGCUGCAUCCACAGUACCGUCAACACCACUUUCAAGCACCCCGGUCAGCGCAUCGCCCUUACAAUCUGUCACCGUUACAACUCAGAUUCCAAAAGUCCCAUCAAGAGCAUCUCCGUCAGUCGACGCACAGAAGACCAAGUCGAUUCCUAUGCAGUCGAUGCCAAAGCUCGAGAAGCAAGAAAAGAAACGAGAUAAGGAGAAAAAAGAAGGGCACAAGGAGAGGUCCAAAGACAAGUCGGACGAGUCUCGGCGUCAGAAGAGAAAGGCUGAAGGAAAGGAGAAGGACCGCGAGCAUAAGAGGCACAAAACGAUGAGUGCAUCUUCAUCUUUCGAUGCCAACGCAACUGGUGGUCCCGCCGCAGGCAGUUCUUCAUCAAAAACUACCCCUACUGCACCGCUGCCAUUUGGUUUCGUCGGCAGCUUGAAGAAUUUUAAAAUUCCGAAGCGUGAAGAGGUGAAAGAAACCACGAAAGAAAGAGAAGCACCACCGUCGAAUCCAGUGCAGCAGGUCACACCAACUCCACCACCUCUGCCUAGUCCAUCUCCAUCACCUGAUCCGAACGCUAUGCAAAUCGAUGACGAUCUAAACAGUCCAGAAGAUUCACUGAGGAUUGCUGAUGAUUAA